AUGUUGAACAACAACAACAAAAUGAGCGCCAGUAGUUCGCUCAAGCGGUCUGCCGGAAAUGGCAAGCCAGAUGACGGCAGUACCGAAACUGCAACCUGCGAGCCAGCAACCCAGACGCGCAAGAUCGACAAUACAGCUGGCGCUGGAGUUACAACACAAGAAGAAGUGUCGAAAUCGCAAACUGGACAAGCUGCCUCGUACCGUUUCGAUGCAUCUUCCAGUUCCUAUGGUGGCAAAGUAAGUAUCCGAGAAGAUUUCAGCACAGCUACUGGUCCGAAGCUCUUGAACGGGUCUUCGAGCUCAUCAGCAUCUUCCGGACCGAACUUCAUCCACCUGAAACGUGGUCUAACCGCAGUGCCUGUGUACUCAUCAAUGAAUCGGGAGUUUGCUCGUGACAAACUGGAACGAGCAAAACUGAAGUUGCUGACUGAGAAAGUCGCAGCUUCAGGUUCAGGAUCGUCAGCAGCGUCAUGUGGAGCGUCUUCGAGUGCAUCAGGAUGGGUGUUGGAUGUGUCAAAAGAGAGGAGGACAACGGCUAGUGUACCUGUGUCGACGAAGUCGUCGAAAGCAAGCAUGGUGAGCAAGUCCGCUCCUGCAGUGGAACGAUCAGGACUGAC